UGUCAGUUCCUUCAAGUGUUUUUUCUCGAGUCCUUGCUUUGCUCGGCAAUCUGAAAAGUAGAUUAAGCGAUUCGUUUUUGCCUUCUUUGUUUCCACCGUAAACUGGGAGGAUCUGUAGUGACGACAGACAUGUCGCACACAAUUUUGCUUGUCCAGCCGACCAAGAGACCAGAGGGCCGCACAUAUGCGGACUACGAGUCGGUAAACGAGUGCAUGGAAGGUGUUUGCAAAAUGUAUGAAGAGCAUCUGAAGAGGAUGAAUCCAAACAGUCCAUCCAUUACUUACGACAUUAGUCAGCUGUUUGACUUCAUCGAUGACUUGGCAGAUCUGAGCUGUCUUGUGUACAGAGCUGACACGCAGACAUACCAACCUUACAACAAAGACUGGAUUAAAGAGAAGAUAUAUGUCCUGCUGCGGCGCCAGGCUCAGCAAGCAGCAAAGUAAAAGCAUGUUUGACAUGUUGUCCUUCUACAUGCAUCUGCAAGUAUUUUAAACUCCUGUACUGCAGAGGGCUUCAGAUAUGUGUACAAGGACAACACCCUUGGGCUGGCGAGGGGUUUAUUGUAAAUUGUGUAUACAUUGGAAAAUGUGGUGGGUUGAUAAAAACAUUUCAGGGCUUUAUAUUGACAAUUUGCUAUGCCUAGGAUAUUUUUUGUCAUUCCAUUACAUACAUUUCCAAUUUGUCACACAUUGAGAAUUGGGGUAAUGGCUGCAGGAAUGAACUUCUCUCUUCAGUACCUGCCUUUGGAAGUGUUUUACAUUAUGGUUAGAUGGUUUGUUUCUGGAUUCACUGCUGGCUUUAUAUGCAGCUGAUUUAUGUCUGAAUUAGAGUGAAGUGAAAACAUUCAUAAGGUUAUUAUUUCUCAUUUCAGUUUUUAUUGCCAUUAUGGUAGAAAUUGUUUUUUUAAUCUCUUCUUUUAUGUAAAUGUCUGACUUUUUAAACUCUUGUCUCUUAUCUUUGAGUUAAACAAAAUAAACAGCUGUUUUCUGA